AUGUCGUCGCAGGAAACAAAGAUCCUCGCCGACUUCCUGCUGACGCCCGCUCCCCUACGCGACUUCAUCACACUGCGCGAAUUCACCGAUAUCUUUCCUCGGGCCCAUCGCGGAAAUCCGGCCGUUCAGGACAUUUACCGGGAGCUCCAAAGGCUGCGCGAAAAGGACAUAGAGCUCGUGCGCCGCGACAUUGCCGACGAGGUCAAGCGCUCGAAACAGUUGAGGCGCGAGUAUGCGCGGGAGCGGCGCCAGGUGGAUGAUGCCACUGUCGCAGGACUAGAUCCUGUUGCGCUUCAAAUGGAACAAGAGCUGACCGGUGAAGGCCGCAAGAAACCCCAUACGCUACAGACCGUCCACUCCGACAUCGAAGAAGCUUGCCAAAGUCUCGAGGCACAGAUUGCCGAAAUAGAGCAGCAGAACAUGGAGGUCUUGCGUGAGGUCCAAGAUGUUAUUGGCGCACUCAGUGAUCUUCGCCAUGGCCGCUUUGCUCCAUCAGCCAGCGGCGAGGCGCUUGGAGACGAAGUCAUGAUAACCCUUCAGCAACUGGAGAACGUAUGCAACAACUCAGCAGGGUGA